AUGCCUCCCCGAUCAACCAAGAAGCAAAAAGUCGAGAACAACAACAACAUGGCACACGCAUGGACUGACCUGGCGGCUCAAUUGGAGUCGGCCAUCCCCAAAGCCAACAAGGAUGCUGCUCAAGACGAGAACAUGAAGUACUUCGCUACCACCGAGGCCGUCACGGACUCCACCACUUUUGGCAUCAAGGCUGCUGGAAGUGAUAGUGCUAUCUUGACCACCGUGUCCAAUGGCAAGGUGGAGAUCCGCACGGGUAACUCGAGUGAGGCCGUCUUCUCGCUCGUGGCGCUCCCGGAGCAAUGGGAGGAGUUCUUCAAGCAGACUCCCAAGAUGCCCUAUCAGAGCUUUUGGGGCAUGUUUGGAAUGAAUAUCAAACAAGAGGGCAUUAGCGUCGAAGGCGACCAGCAGGCCUUCGCCAUCUGGACUCACAUCUGGAGACGCACGCUCGAAAUUCUCCACGACGCCCUCGUCGGCCCCACUCCAGCGGACGAAGAGCCCCUCCGCGACGACGACGCCAUCGUCGGCCGCUACACCUACGUGACCGCGCCCGUCUGGGGCCGAUGCAAGGUCUUCUACGAGCAGUCCGGCACCGGUCCGCAGGAGAUUCUCUUCCUCCAUACCGCCGGCAGCGACAGCCGCCAAUACCACGGCGUGAUGAACGACGAGCGCAUGCUGCAGAAAUGCCAGAUGACCGCCGUCGACUUGCCCGCUCACGGCCGCAGCUUCCCUUACGAGGGCUACUGGCCAGGCAAGCACACCAAUACCGAAGACUCCUACGUCGGCUUCAUCGCCGCCUUCCUCAAGAAGCUCGGCCUCAAGAAAGCCAUCGUCUGCGGCGCCUCCAUGGCCGGCCAAGUGUGCCUCGCCGUCGCCGCACGCAACGCCGAGGUCGGCUCCAUGGGCACCAUCCCGCUGCAGGGAAGCGACUACCUGACCAUGGACCGGCAGUGGAACGACCGAUCGCCUUACGUCAACCAGUCGCUCUACAACCCCGAGUGGAUCUACGGGAUGAUGAGCCCGACGGCCCCGCUGGUGAACAGGCAGCUCAUCUGGCAUUUGUACUCUGCGCAGGCGUACGGGAUUUUCCAUGGAGACCUCGACUUCUACUUUGGCGGUUGGGAUGGCCGUGAUAGGAUGCACACCAUCGACACCAAGUCGUGCCCUGUGUACAUGCUGACAGGCGAGUACGACUGGUCCAACACGCCUGCGAUGAGCCAGAAGACCGCGGACAAGAUCCCUGGCGGCAAGUGCGUGGCCAUGAAGGGCCUGGGCCACUUCCCUGCUACCGAGAACCCCAAGGUAUUUGUGGAUUAUGUUUUGGAAGCGAUUGAUCACAUUCAGAAGACCCAUCAGGGCUAG